AAAUUGACUGCUUUUCAAUACACACGCCCAAUCCUUAUUCCAACCACAACAUUCAUCUAGUUGACACCCUUAUUUAGCGAUUUUACCUGAAUACGGCUUUGAAGCAUCCGAUUGUCACAUCCAACUUGUACGUCAUUGGAUUGAACCCAUCAUGAAAACAUUUUGCUGGCAUGCUUGGCAUUAUUCCACGAUUAGGAGAGUUUGAAUCUCCUGAUAUCUCUAUUGAUGAUAUUGCUUCGUUUUAUAGUCUUGGUACAGCAGUUGUUCCCAAACACAUACCAUAUACUUGGACAAAUUCAGUCACUACACUAGAUGGUAUUCUGCAUUUUGGUGACAAUUCAUUAGUGAGUGAUGUAGCACUCAAGCAUGCUCCAGGAAUAGGCCAUUGGAGCAAUGCUGACUGGCGUCUUCUCAAUGCUGGCUGGGCUCAUGCUGACGCCGUUCUCAUCACUGGUGAAAUUCUUCGCAAGGAAAAAGAAGCUGGAUGCAUUGUCCAAUUCGACGAUCUCAUUCGCUACCGACUGAAUGUACUUGGAAAACUUGAUGCUCAACCCAUUCAAGUUGUCGUUUCAUCCAUGUGCGACUUUGAAUUGGAUCGACCAUUAUUUAUGGGAUCAGGCAAUCAAGAUGGUGCUAAAUUGCAAGUAUGGAUUAUAACGACUGCUCUUGGUGCUGCUUCUUUGGAGAAUCGUUUACGACCGUUUAGAGAAUCUGGGAAACUUGAAUCGAACGUCACUGUGAUGAUUGGAGAUACUCUCCAUACCACCAUAAAGCCAAGAGUAGAUUUGAUUUGGGUUUUCAAACUGCUGCGCGCCAAAGGAGUCGAGUAUCUCGAUGUCAGUGCUGGUGGAAGUGUGAUUCGAAAAUGCAUCGACCUGGAAUUGCUCAACGAAACCCGACUGACAAUAGCAGGCCAUGUUGCUGGACCAUUUGAUAUGAGUGGGAAUAAAAGACCAGAAUUAUUCCCCAUCGAUUCUGAUCGAUUCAAAAGCUAUCCGCCAGACAAGAGUCCACUGUUUGCAAUGCGUGCACUGCGAACAGCGGGUGAUUAUUUGGAUGGUACAGACAGUACCACGGCAGACUUUGUCCAGUCUGCUCCACUCUUGCCUGUCAAUGGUCUUCAAGUGCAUACUCUUGACAGAUUGCUUUUUUGCUCUGUCUGCAAUGAGCUCAAGUGCGAUGGUUGUGUGUCGCAAGAAGUGUCUUGUUGCUAUUGUCCCAACUGCAUGUUUGAAGUGCCCACCACUUCUAUAAAAACCGAACGAGGAAGCUGUGGGCGGAAUUGCUUCAAUUGUCCAAUUUGUGGAUGUAUUACUACUGUAACCAAUGCAGCUGCUCAAGAGGGAUCGGGUACAGAUGCGCAGAUUGUUGGUGGUGCAUAUUACUUGUCGUGCUCCACUUGUAGAUGGGAUUCGACAGAGUGUGGACUUCGUUUUGAACGCCCUACUGGAUUAGCAGCACAUAUUUCAAAGCUGGAUAGUGACUCUCCUCAGAUCAAGGAAUACGAUCAUCUUCUUGAACACUAUAUUGAAACCAUGCGGACAUUUCGUUCUAGUGGUGUGGGAUCUGGUGAUUUGGCCUCAUCUCUUGGUUCUCAUGUGUUUGGAUCACUGCAUUCAUCUUUGGGAUUAUUGAAUUCAUCGAUACGGUUGUUGAGAAUUAAACCAGAUAGACGAGUUUUAGCCUAUGAACCCAAGUCUAAACCCUCUACACAACCUGUCGAUGCAGUUGCUACUUUUUUGGGCAUUCCAUACAAUGAACGAACUUCUUUGGAACAGAGAUUGCGUCAAUCUAAUGGUACAUCAAUCAUAGACAUAAACCAACUCCGACCUGAAAGAGUUCAGCUCAGAUCAAAACGAAACAAACGAUGUUUAAAAUGUGAGCAUAUUUUAGUGAAACCAGAAACCAAGGCUGCAAGCACUCGAUUUGGAAUCAAGAUGGCUGCACGCGAUAAAAUUCCGAGAAUUCAAAUCACGCCGCCAUUGCCUUUGUCGCCUAUUGAAGUUGGUCGAGAGUUUACAAUGCAUUUACGGUUUGUAAAUCCCUUGUCGAGUUCAGUCUAUAUUGAUUUGGAAACUCGCUCGGCAGCAUCCUCCCUAUGCACGGUGCAGCUCCAUACUUCAAACUUGACAUUAGAUGCGUAUACUGAUCCUUGGGAAAUUCCAGAAACAGUGGUUAGAUCGUCAUCAACUCCUAUUUCAAUCAAUUCAGCGGCUGGUGGUCAUCUGCCCAUGAAUUUUGAAGCCUGUGCAGUAACAGGUCCACAUGAACAAAUUGUAGUCUUGUCGGUGACUCCACUCAAGUUUGAAUCCGAGAUUCAUUUUCCAAUCCAGGUAAAUUUCACUACAAAAGUAGAAUCACACGAGGCUGGUGAAUCUACAGAUACCUCGGAUGUGUCCAAGGUUACUAAAGAUCCAGUAAAGCAGCGUAUAUCCUUUUGGAUUGUUGUUGGAGUUGGAAAAAGUGGGCCACAUCCAACGGUAAAUACUGAAAACACAGACCAUACCUGA